AUGGCAGGAACAGUGUCUAUUCUUUGUAUUGGAAAAGCACACACUUCCCCAGAGUACCCGCCAAUGGAUCUGAGUUUACCUGUCACUGUGGAGCGCUUCCGAGACAUGAGUCCCGAAGAAGUGGCUGACUUGUUUCAGGCUGCCCAGAGAGUCGGCACAGUGGUGGAGAAGCACUUCCAGGGCACCUCGCUCACGUUCUCCAUGCAGGAUGGCCCUGAAGCUGGACAGACGGUGAAGCAUGUUCACAUCCACAUUCUUCCGAGGAAGGCUGGAGACUUUGACCGGAAUGACAGCAUCUAUGAUGAGCUCCAGAAACACGACAGAGAGGAUCAAGACUCCCCAGCCUUGUGGCGGUCAGAGGAGGAGAUGGCGGCUGAGGCCGCAGCACUGAGGGCCUACUUUCAGUGA